AUGAAACAGCUAAAUUUUUGGCGUGAACCAACAGAUAUUGGACAUGCUGUGGAUAUUAUGCUGCAACCAUCGAUGCUUCAUUCAUUAACAGAUCUUUUCACGGCAAAUAAUAUCACCUUUAAAGUAAUUAUCGAUGAUGUUAAGAAAUUGAUAUAUGAACGAGAAGGUCAACCAAGGAAAAAUGCUUUGCGAAAUUAUGGAACGGCACAUAGUUCAAUAAUGAAAUCAUUCUUGAAACGCUCGAAAGAUGUGAAUUCGAUUAGCAGUAAAGCAAAAUAUGACUUUGGUGAUUAUCACUCUUAUCAUAUCAUCUCAUCAUGGCUUAAUGAUAUCGAACGUUUCUAUCCAAAUAUCGCAAAAGUUUUUACUAUUGGACAAACAUUUGAAGGACGAAACAUUAAUGGCAUUAAAAUUGGAAAUCCAAUUGAUAGAACAGAUAAGCGAAUAGUUUGGAUUGAUGGUGGAAUUCAUGCCCGUGAAUGGGCUGCUAUUCAUACUGUAUUAUAUUUUAUUGAACAGUUAAUAUCACAAUAUGGAAUUGAUCCACAAAUUACAUCAUAUGUUGAUAGGCUUAAUUUCUACUUUGUGCCAGUUGUUAAUCCGGAUGGUUAUGAAUAUUCAAGAUCCGAUCAAUCACCACAAGCAAGACUUUGGAGGAAAAAUCGUGAUAAGAAAGAAUGUUUUAAAGAUCGCUGGCGUCGUACACGUUGUUGUGUUGGAGUUGAUUUAAAUCGAAAUUUCGAUUUUUAUUGGGGAGAAAUUGGAUCAAGUUCACAUAUCUGUUCCGAAAUUUAUCGUGGGAGCGAACCAUUUAGCGAAUUUGAAACAAGAGCAAUACGCGACAAAUUAUUAUCAGUGGAGAUGUACGGUAAAGUUGAUGCCUUUAUCACAUUGCAUACAUAUAGCCAAAUGUGGAUUCAUCCAUACAGCCAUCAACGUCAUGCAUUUCCCAAUGAUGUCAAUGAUCUUCAAGAAGUUGGAAAAGAAGCAGUAAAAGCACUGGAAAAUGUUUAUGGAACAAAAUUUCGAUUUGGUUCAGGCGCUGAUAUACUAUAUCCUUCAUCAGGUGGCUCAGAUGAUUGGGCUAAAUUAAAAGCUGGAGCAAAAUUUGUAUAUCUACUUGAGCUAAGGCCAAGUGAAAGUGAUUUUGGUGGAUUCCUCUUAGAUCGUCGACAAUUAAUACCAACCGGUCGGGAAACAUGGGCAGGUGUACGGGUUGUCAUCGAUGCAAUUUUACGAUCGCAAGGAAUAGAAGCACCAGCAACAAUUAACAUCGAUACACGGCCUAAAUUUCAACAACUUCAAAACAGAACAUGUACUGAUAGAUCACCAUGGUGUGCCACUUGGAUUGAUAUCGAUCCGCAUAUUUGUUUGACAGCUAAAUCGUAUAUGAGAGAGCAAUGCUCCCUAUCAUGUCGUUUUUGUUGA